AUGAACAAUGGGAAUUUCACACCCAACAGUACGUACGACUCAAAUCUCCGACAAAUACUCUCUUAUCUUCCUUCCAACGUCACCGCUGGAGACGGCUUGUUCUACAGCGGUUCCAUCGGGAAAGAACCAAACCGUGUCUUCGCAAGAGGGAUGUGUAUCCCAGGAUCAACUCCAGAUGACUGUUCUGAUUGUAUCAAGAAAGCUUCUGAUGGUUUGUUACGGAGUUGUGGUAACCAGACAGGCGCGUUUACAUGGCCAGGUGAUCCCAUACUUUGCCAUGUGCGCUACUCUAGUACUUUUUUCGACGACAUAUCCACAGAGCUGUACCCGCGCAAGGUUAUUAACAACACUGGAGAUAUCAACUCAAAUAUUCAAAAAGAGUUCACGGCGAUAUGGGAAGGUUUAAUGGGUCGUAUGAUUAUUACAACCUCCAAUGCAAAAAGCACACCAUCGUCUAGUAGUAGCUAUUACACAGCUGAUGUUGCAGCCUUGACACCUUCCCAGAAUAUCUACGCAUUAAUGCAAUGCACGCCAGAUCUUACAUCUCAUUCUCGUGAUUUAAUCAUCAUCGUCAUCUUCGUACUGCUUGCUCGACGAUAUGUUGGACUUUGCUGGAGGAGAAAGAAAACAUAUCAAGAAUUCGAUUUUGAUCAUUCUGGUAUUACAACUGUAGAAUCCCUGAAGUUCGAUUUUAAAACAGUUAAAGUUGCAACCAAAAAAUUUAGUGACAAGCUAGGUCAAGGAGGAUUCGGCGAAGUUUUCAAGGGUACGUUACCUAAUGGAAUAGAAGUUGCAGUGAAGAGGCUAUCCAAAGCAUCAGCACAGGGUGAAGAAGAGUUCAAAAACGAGGUUCUUGUUGUUGCAAAACUCCAGCAUAGAAAUCUUGUUAGGCUUUUUGGGUUUUGUCUUGAAGGAGAAGAGAAGAUACUUGUUUACGAGUUUGUCCCCAACAAGAGCCUCGAUUACUUCCUCUUUGACCCUACAAACAAUGAGAAAUUAGACUGGAGAAAACGGUACAACAUUAUCGAGGGAAUUGCUCGAGGAAUUCUAUAUCUUCAUCAAGAUUCACGGCUCACAAUUAUACACCGUGAUCUCAAGGCCAGCAACAUUCUCUUAGAUGCUGAUAUGAACCCAAAAAUUGCUGAUUUUGGAAUGGCUAGAAUUUUUGGGAUGGAUCAAAGUGGGGCUAAUACAAACAAAAUAGUUGGGACACGUGGUUACAUGCCCCCAGAAUAUGUAAUGCAAGGCUUAUUCUCAAUGAAAUCUGAUGUCUAUAGUUUUGGAGUCUUAGUUCUUGAGAUUAUAUGUGGUCAAAAUAACAGAUUCUUCCAGCAGUCAGACACUACAACUGAGAAUUUCGUCACAUACGCUUGGAGGUUGUGGAAAAGCAAGUCGCCAUUAGAGCUCGUAGAUUCAAGCAUUUCGUGUCAAAACAAAGAAGUGACAAGAUGCAUCCACAUCGCGCUCCUAUGUGUUCAGAAAGAUCCAAAAGAUCGUCCCACCUUGUCAGAAAUCCUGUUGAUGCUCACAAGCGAUACCAUCGAUUUACCCGAUCCUCAACCACCUGGAUUCUUCUUUUCAAAUAGACGCAACCAAUUACGAGAGGGCCUCGAGUCUAGCCAAUGUUUCUCUAGUGAAAUAACAUUGGAAAGAGUUUGACAUUAGUUCCAUUGAAACAGUAAAGUGUAUGAGUUGAGAUAUAUACUUCAUCAAACGGUAAUGUGUUUACAACAUUAAUAGCUCCUCUGUAAAUGACAUUUUACUAUUUGUGUUUAUGGGUCUAGAAAAUUUGAUCAAUA